AUGGCCACUGCAGUUACAGAAACUGAAGAUCAAACUUGGUUAGCCAAACAAGAUCUUGAUAAGAUCGGUGCUGAAAAUCUUACUCCAUUAACGGAAGAGGUUAUCUCUCGACAAGCAACCAUAAACAUUGGCACAAUCGGUCAUGUAGCUCAUGGAAAAUCAACUCUGGUAAAGGCUAUCUCUGGAGUGCAUACUGUCAAGUUCAAGAACGAGCUGGAAAGAAACAUCACGAUC